AUGGAUGGUGAAAUUCUGCGUACCAUCUUGGAAGCCCAAACCAAGGCUCAGCAGCAAAUGUUCACUAAGGUGAUGAAGAGUAUGGAAGAGAUGACCUCCGCUUCACACCAAGCGAUUCCAACAGCACCCGUCGCCACGGCCGAGUUCGUCACAAAUUUUCUAUCGACAGGCUUGCCUGAGUUCGCAUACGAUCCGGAAAAUGGUUCUACAUUUGAGGUCUGGUACAACCGCUGCGAGGAUGUAAUCUCAAAGGACGGUGCCACGUUAGACGAUGUAGCAAAAGCUCGACUUAUCGUCUCCAAACUCGACGCUGUCACAUAUGCCCGUUUCACGAACCAUAUUCUUCCUAAAAGAGCAUGCGAUGUUCCCUUAACGGACACCGUGGCUGUUGUGAAGGAAUUGUUCGGACAUAAUACGUCAGUAUUCGCGAGACGCUACGCUUACCUCAAAGCAAAGCGAAAUGAGGAAAGUCGCCACGACUACACCGGAUUGGUCAAUCAGCGCCAUGCCAUGGCUGAGUUCAACGACGUCACACCUGAGCAGAUGAAAUGCCUAUGGAUAUGUGGACUUUUCGUCCCGCAAGAUGCCGAUGUUCGUGCUCGUGUCCUUCGCAAGGUGGAGGGCAACCCUCAAACCACGCUAAAGGAGCUUGCUGCCGAAGUUCAGUACUUUCUCGACAUUCGCCAGGAUCCGCACUCCUCGAACGAUCAAGUGUACCGCACGUCAACGUCGUGGAUUCGCAAAAGAGUCGAAAUCGUGAGCCGCCGUCAUCUACUUUUCGGUGCGGAGCCAAUCACUGGUCUAGAGACUGCACAUUCGUAA